CGGAGCAUUUAAGCAGACUUACUUGGUAAGUUUUAUCGAUUUAACUUUUGUUUGGCACUUUUUAAAAAAGUACAAGAGUGAGAAUUUAUAAACUAUCCCAUACAAUUAAAAGAAGAAAAAACAUGUUUUUUUUUUUUUAUAUUACCAUGUAUUAAAAAUGCUGGGAAUGCGUAUGUCAAGUUGUAUUAACUGUAUAAAGUAUAUAUUAUGAGUAAAAUGUUCUGUAAUUGGUAUUUAGCUGUACUUGACAUGGACUUAUUGGGUUGAAUACUUUAAGAUAUUUGUGCUUGGAUCUUAUUUGGUGAAAUAUCAGUGUUUUGUUGUUUUCUUAAUAAUUUGUGAGUUAAUAAUUUGUUUCCAAACAUGAUGACAGAUUUUCAAAAUCGCUGAAAAUUCUGCAGCCCAUCAACUAAAUAAAAAACAAUUGCAUUACCAAUAGCAGAAAAGGUAAAUACAUUCUUCAACUCAAUAUCACGAACAGUCUUGGAUGUAAAGUUGUUUAUUAGUACUGAAAAGAUUAAACAACUUAUUUUACAGUGCACUGGUCUAGCUAUUACUUACCGUUUUCAGUCAUAACACUUUUAAACAAUGAAUGAAAUCACUAAUUUUGAUGCAAUAAAUAGGGUAUGAUUUAAAAUGAUCAUCCCUCUAAAACAGGAAAAAAACAUCUUUCACAAAUAUCUACAUUUCUCUCUUUUAAAGUGUUAAUAUGUGUUUAAUGAGUUGUAUUUAUAGGGGUUAUUAUAGCACAAUUUGACCUCACAAUUGGUCCCCCCAUGGACCUCACAUUUUGUCAAUUUGGGUGGAUAGGGAAGGCUUGCUUGAAGUGUAAUUUUGAAUGUCAUCGGCAUAUAAAUGAUAGCUAAAGCCAUGACGCUGUAGUAUCUGACCCAGUAGGAGAUCUAAAAUCCUGAGCAGACAUGCAAAACUGUCUGUCACAUAGCUGUGGAAAGACACAUAGCUGCAGUAACAGAUAUACCCACAGCCGAAAGACGAGAGAUAAGCAAAUCAAGAGACAUGGUAUGGCAGAGCUGAGGUCAGGUAACACAAGUAAGACAGAGAGCCAGUGUCACAAGGCUGAUAAAUCGUUCAUUACCUUAACAAAGGCAGUUUCAGUGCUAUGUUGUGGACGGAAGCCGGGCUGAAAUGGUUCAAAGAAAUCAUUUGCCAACAGGAAAGACCGAGACUGGGAAGUUACAGUAUUCUCAAAUAAUUUAGCAAUAAAAGGGGCCAGAGAACACCGGGGACAAUGAACAGCAGUUUAGUCUGCGACGAUGCAUUUCAAAUCAGACUCCUCCCCCCAAUGUAUGGCAUUGAGAUGUGCGUGGCUCUGGUAGGGAAUAUAUUUGCCCUGUGGCUCCUGGUGACCAGAGAGAGGCAGAACUGGCACACCGGAGUAGUGUUCUCCUGUAACCUGGCCAUCUGUGACAUUCUUUAUGUCCUGACCUUGCCUUUUCUCAUUAUUUACUAUGCCAAUGAGAAACAGUGGAGCUUUGGAAAUGCUUUCUGCAAAAUUGAACGCUUCCUCUUCAGCUGCAACCUCUAUGGCAGCAUUUUCUUCAUCAUGUGCAUCAGUGUCAACAGAUACAUUGCCAUAGUUUUCCCCUUCUUCACCCGGAGCUACGUGCACCCUAAACAUGCAAAGAUCGCAAGCGUGCUGACGUGGUUCAGCGUGAUCAUCGCUUCAUCGCCAGUCCUCAAAUUUGCUGGAACCGAAUUUAAACAGUCCCACACUCUUUGUGUCUCAAGUCAUGAUGAAUCCCUGAGAGAACCCCAUUUUAAGUACACCCUAUUUCUUAUGGUCGUAGGAUGCAUGAUUCCUUUGUUAGUUACCUUUGCAUCGUAUUUGGGUGUGAUUUGGACUGUUCUGAAAAAUAAAAACAUAACCACACUGGAGAAGAGGAAGGUGGCUGUGAUGGUUGCUCUGGUCUGCAUCCUUUACUCCACGUCAUUUGUGCCCUAUCAUGUUCUGCAGACGUACUAUGUGUAUCUGAAGUUGAUUAAGAUGAAUUGUAAUGUGUAUAAAUCAUAUCAAGUGUCAAAAGGCCUGGCCACCCUGAACAUGUGCUUGCAUCCGUUUCUAUACAUGACUGUGUUUGACAGCAUACGGACAGCUUGCUGUGGAAAGAGCUCCGAUGACUAACCUUCAUACAUACAGUAUCUUGGCCAAAACCUCAAGCUGUGGCUUCCUGAAUGUAAAUUAAGUGUCGCAUUUCUGCCAAUCGCCGUACUCUUUUCUUGUACCUCUGCAAACCACAUGAAAAUUAUUUUCGUGUCAUUUUUGUGCUCAAAAGCAAAUAAGAACAUAUCUGACAAUAAAAACUGACCAUUAAAAUGCUUCUAUUCUAGCUGCAAAGAAUACCAAUUAAAGAUGUUUAAGAGAA